AUGAUCAAUCAACGACGCAAGUGGCAACACCAAGAGCGUGAAAAGUCCGUUGGUAACAUUUUUGAAGCGCAAAUGCACGCGAGAAUGCGGCGGCAAAGUUUGAAAAAGGCUGAAGUCAGAGAAGCUUAUGACGUGGAUGCAGAGUGCAUGACCCUUGACCUCAGUGGUGUCAAAUCCGCAGAUAAUUUUCAGCAGGGAGUGGGCAAGGACCGAGUCGUGCAAUGGGUUCAGCAUCCGAUCGAGAAAGCGAUCGAAAGUCCGUCAUUGUUCAAGAAGAACUCUGAAUGCUUAUCAGCUGGACAUGCGGACGCUUUACGGCGGGACAGUAACCUUGUACUUAAAGUCUUUCAACCCUUGACCGAAGAUGCACAAUUUCGACUAAGGCGACUUGGCGGCUUGGAUGUCUCUCAAGCAAUCCCAUCGUUUGUUUACCAAGAUCUUCGUAUGAAAGAACGACAGUACAGUAGGGUCGCAACAGAGAGAAGUGCUGGUGUUUAUCGAAUUCCGAGGCUGUUGCACAACUCUAGAGUGAAUCUCGCGCCACGUCCAGCACAAUGUUACAUGUAA